CUCAACAUUGCCUUGCGACAUAAAACGGACUGUUGCCCACGUGUCGUUUCUCUCUCGUCUCCCACCAUGGCCCCUAUCAAAUCCGAAAAAGUGGCAAAAUACACUUACGCUGAGCGUGUCCUUAAUUCUAUGACGCAGCUGCAGAGGGAGCACAAGAAGCAAUCUAUCAAUUUGAUAUCACUCAGAGCGCAUAUCAAGAAAAUCGCAGAAAAGAAGAGAGACAGACUCGGACCGAACUGGUCGAACUGGGUAGGGAGGGCGGUUGCGAAAUUGGAGGAUGACGGUGUCUUGACUGCGUCCGCGCCAGGAUGCGUCAUGCUUACACCAAGCGGAAAAAAGGCAAUCACUGCCGCACGCAGAAGCAUUCUUUCAACAGUCCCACCUGGGACGUUUGGAUCUCCCGCCCAGGAAGAUCUCGUUACCAAGCUUGCCAUCAAAGAUCGGGGUACAAAGCGCCCUUUGAGAAGAUCUUUAGCUGCCUCUGACGCCAACAGUGUUACUUCACCAAGUACAGCGCGAGUUAAGCGUAUGCGUAUGUCUAUAGGAGAAAUAACGCCUAUAUCUAAGAUGACAAAGGCACAGCUCAAGGUGGAAUUGGCUUCUGUGAAGAAAGCUUAUGAACUCGCUCUUCUUCGCGCUACCUCGCCACUUACUGAUCUUAGUGAUGAGGAUGGUCGUGCCAUCGAAUCUGAGCGUUUUCAUGAAGAGCUGAAGAUGCGCGAACAAGAAAUAGCUGUCAUUCGUGCAGAGCUCGAGGACGCCCGUCGUCAGGCUGAGUCUGAUGGAACUCAAAUCCAAAUGGCAAAUCGCACUGAGUUGUCUACGCCCAUGACUCCGUACCACGCGGAGCGGCUCCAUGGAAUGCAUCCGGGAGGUGUUACCCGCACACAGUCGGGCACAAUUAUACCUGAUGUCAGCAGGCACCCCACCCCGCCUAGCUCUCCACCAAGUAUGGAGUACGGCAACAUGGGGGAUAAUGAUUUAGAUAUCCCCGAUGUAUUUUCCUUGUCCUUGAUGUCUCGUACUAGAUGCGAGAACGAAGAGAAUGACCGAGGCAGUUGUGGGGACAUUCUGAAUGAUGUGGAGCCCAUGUCAAUACUGAAUGACAAGGUCACUGCUCUUCAACAUGAUCUUGAUAUACGCUCGGAGGAUCUCCGAAAUACCACUAACAUCCUCAAUGAAAACCAUACCGUCCUUGAAGAGCUACGAAUUGACAAUGCUACAUUAGCAAAGCAAAAUGAUGAUAUUGCUCAUCAACUAUCUGACUUCAAGGACAUGGCACAGAAUGAAGCCCAGAAAAAUGCUGCCCUCAUCAUCAGUCUUAAACAUUCAAUUCAAGAAUUGCAUUCUGAUAACUCAUUGCUAAAAGAUUUCAAGGUUCGACUUGUCUCCACAAAUACCACUCUCCUAGAACAAGUCAAAGAAUUGGAGCCAAUGAAGGAGGCCCUGAUGAAGCUGAUGCAGGAAAGGGACCAACUACAGAAAGAAAAGGAUGAAGGCAAAUCUGCCCUUGAAAGCUUGCAUUAUGGUCUGAAAUAUGCCCAAGAAGAGACAGCCACAGCGAAAGCUGAGGUUGGGGCUUUGUCACUCGAAAAGGUGGCCCUAUUGAUGGAGACCAACAAUUACAAGGCUGAAAUAGAGAAGGAACUUAGUGACCAGAGAGCAGAGUCAGCCCAAAGCCUCAAAGAAAAUACCAGAAUCCAAAAAGAGCAAGCAGAAUUGAAUACUUCUUUCGAAGCUUGUCGAAUCGAACUGGAAGCAAAAGACAUUCAGAUCAAGGAUCUUUCUGCUAGUUUGCAGGAAAAGGUUCUACUUCUGGAUGGGUCCUUGGACAAGAUCAAACUUAUGCAAGAAGUUACGAAUGAUCUUCACAAGGAGAUUGCAUGCAGACAUGAGGCGAUGGAGUCUCUGCGCGAUGAAAAAGAUUCACACAUACAGAAAAUGGACCAAGCAGCAACUGACCUACGAACCGCCCUCAACAUGGAGACCUCUCGUUACGAGACAGCUGCUGGCGCGUUGUGUGAGACGCAGGCUUUACUCUCCGACCUUCGUUCAGUCCUGGAAACGCAGAUUGCAGCGACUGACGCUUCCCAGUUGUCGUUCCAACAAGAGCAGGUCCGAGGGGUUUCCUUGUGUGAUGAGUUGGUGCGCGCUAUGAACAGGGCUGAAGCAGCGGAGGAAGAGGUGACCGAGUUAAGGGCAUCUAAAUCUACUGAUGAAGAGACCAUAUCGAGCCUCAAAGCCAUGUUUGAACGCUUCAAAACUACGCAGAUGAUAGCCUUUAAGGAGUUUGAGGGUCAGGUCAGCUCGGCGGGCCCUUCGCCCUCGCCUGUGCGAAAUGCUGUGAUCCGGUCUUGACGGGAAGAUAGGUGGAUAGUUUGAAAUUCGUGGAAUCGUCAAGGCUCCUUCUCCCCCUAGUAUACUUUCUUUAGACGGACUCAGCAUUAUGUUCAUUUACGUUCUUCAAUUACGUACAUAAUCGUUGUAUGUAAGAUAUGCGGAGAUUUAACCUAUGUCUUCAUAGUACUAUAUUGACGUUAGUAGCGUUUCGUGUGUAUGAUUUCUUAGUUCAGCUAUCUCAUUUCCGAC